GCAUGGCAGAGUCUUCCUUCUGCCUGACCCCCGUCUGGGACUGGGACCUAACCUGGUAUUCGGCUUACCCUCGCUUCACCGGCUGCUUCGAGUCGACCGUGCUUGCCUACCUACCGGGAAGCGUCCUGCUUCUGUUCGGCUUCCUGCCAUGGCUUCUGUGCGACACCGGGCGCAAGAAGUGUCCCGUGAUGAGGACCAAGCCGCUGUGCCUCACUCCGCUCAGCGUCCUGCGUUUUCUGUUCAGCCUGACCCUGGCCCUCGUCUACGGCUUCUGCUUCACCUGCAAGCUGAGCAUGGACGUGCCGUACUCGUCUUGGGCUUCGCUGACUGCCGACAUGGUUCGAUGCGUCACGUUCGCGAUCACGCUAAUCAUGCAAGAACACAACCGCCGGCAAGGAACCGGUGCUUCGAACUUGAUGAUGUUCUUCUGGUUCGUGGCGGCGUUCACUCAACUCCCGGAGUACUUCCACUACCUUGAGGACGUGUUCCGAGAUGACAUCGACCUGCCGGAUGUGUUCCCCAUUGAAUUUGCUGUCAGCAUGAUUGCCUACCCGAUGGUGGUGGUGCAGUUUGUCCUGUCCUGUAUCACCGAUCUCCGUCCUGACACCAAAAGACCGUACGCGACCGCCGGGCCGCUUUCGUCGCUGAUGUUCAUGUGGAUGACGCCGCUGAUCGUGAAAGGUUUCCGGCGCAGCCUAGAACUCAUCGACCUGUUCAAGGCGAGGCCGGAGUUGGUGACGCGGGUGAAGUAUGAUGAAUGGAGUGUCUACUGGAACAAGGAGCUGGAUGCUGCGGGUUACAAGGCGCAAGACGGCUCCUGCGAAUGUGUGAAGCCAACUCCGUCGCUCUUCAGAACCAUGAGAAAGGCCUUCUGGAAGCCGGUUCUUCUUGGUUGUAUCCUCGGUUGUAUUCGGACACUAGUGAGGACGGCGCCUGCAUUGCUGCUUCACCUUAUCACAAGUUACAUGGCUAGCGACGAGCCCACCUGGAAAGGGGUCAUGUAUGCGGUCGGCAUAGUGGCUGCUAACUUUAUAACAGCCAUGUUCGUGCGUCACAUUGACUGUACACUUUCGCUCACGGGACUCGGCAUGAAAGCAGCGGUUAUUGGGGCAAUCUACAGGAAAGCGUUGAAGAUUUCGAGUGAGGGACAGCAAGAUUACACGGUUGGUGAGAUGGUGAACUUGGUUUCUGUAGACGCCGAUCGCGUAUUUAGACUGGCAGCAUCCUUCGGUUUUGUUUCCUCAGCACCAUUGCUUAUAAUUAUCUCCAUAGGGCUUCUGUGGCAGUACCUGGGCGUCGCCUGCUUGGCUGGCAUAGGCGUUAUGGUCGUUAUCAUGCCGCUUGUUUUGAUCGUCAUGAGCCUUGGUCACAAGUAUCAGGCAGCGCAGAUGAAGCUCAAGGACCGAAGAAUCAAGAGUAUGUCGGAAAUAUUGAAUAGCAUCAAGAUCCUGAAGUUGUUCGCCUGGGAAAACCCGUUUACGGAAAAAAUAGAAAGUUUGCGUUCGCAAGAAGUUACCUUGCUCAAAAAGUACUCGUACCUGACCGCCUUCAGUUGCUUCUGCAUGACUUGUUCUUCUGUUCUGGUGGCUUUCUCAAGUUUUGUGACUUACGUGUUGACCAGCGACAAGAACGUUCUGAAUCCGACCGUGACGUUUGUCUCCUUGACGCUCUUCAAUCAGAUGCGCUACUCUAUGUUCCUAAUUCCGGACUUCAUAUCGAACGCGAUACAAACCAACGUGGCUUUCGGCAGAAUAAGGAAGUUCCUAAUGUCGUCUGAAAUAGAUCGGUGCGCAGUGUCACGAAGGCCAGCACACGGCGAAGACGUCACGAUAAAAGGCGCGACAAUGUCCUGGUCGUGGGACAAAGAAUGCGUCUUGUACGACAUUGAUUUAUCUGUGAAAACUGGCGAGCUUGUUGCGAUUGUCGGUCCCGUCGGGAGUGGAAAGUCAUCACUUCUCUCAGCUCUGCUCGGAGAUCUGAGAAUUCGGUCCGGAUCGGUGGACUGCAUUGAAGACGUAGCCUAUGUUCCCCAAUGUCCCUGGAUUCAAAACAAAACAGUGAGAGACAACAUCCUGUUUACUAAGGGCUUCGAUGGGAAACUGUACGACAAAGUUCUGAGAGCAUGCUGCCUUGAAAAAGACCUGGAUAUAUUGCCUGGUGGUGACUUGACGGAGAUAGGCGAGAAGGGCAUCAACCUUAGCGGUGGUCAAAAGCAAAGAGUAAGUUUGGCACGAGCCGCUUAUCAGCGCAAAGGCCUUUAUCUGUUCGAUGAUCCUUUGAGUGCCGUUGAUGCUCAUGUUGGUGCGGCUAUCUUCAAGGACUUGAUCGGUCCGCGAGGCCUUCUGAAGGGCGUGACGAGAAUUCUGGUUACUCAUAAUCUUUCAGUGUUACCUGACGUUGAUCGCAUUGUCGUUAUGAGAGGAGGCUCCAUUGUGGAGAGCGGUACCUACCAAGAGCUUAAAGAAGAGGGGAGUGUUCUGUCGGAGCUUCUCAAGGAGUUUGUCAGGAAGAAGAAGCGAAAGCAGUCGGAACAGGGCGAGGAUUCUGGCGCCGAAACGGACGCCACGUCGGAAGGGAAGCCAGAGAAGGAUGAGAUGAAUAUCGUUCAGAAAGAGAUAGUCGAGGAGGGUUCAAUCAAGAUGAGAGUGUACCUCAACUACAUCCGACACGCUGGUCCGCUCCUCGUGUUCACGCUUCUUUUUUAUGCCGCCUUCAGGGCCAUCGACAUCUACACUGGUAUAUGGUUGAGCGAGUGGAGCACGGAUCCACCGCUUCCAGACGGAACUCAGGACAUUCCAUUAAGAAACUACAGGAUAAUGAUCUACGCCAUCUUGUGUGUAUGCCAGAGCUUGACAGGCUUCGUUGGUGUGGCGCUACUGUGGAGGGUCGCUCUUUCGGCCUCAACGAGGCUGCACGGUUUGAUGCUCUCCGGCGUCAUGAGAGCUCCUCUAUCUUUCUUUGAGGCCACUCCGUCCGGUCGCAUCUUGAACAGGUUCGGCAAGGAUGUCGACCAACUCGACGUCCAACUUCCCAUGGUGGGCAACUUCUUCCUGGAGUUUCUCAUCCAAAUUAUCGGCAUGAUAGUGCUCAUUUCUGUGAACCUUCCAAUAUUCAUUCUCAUUGCCAUACCGGUCGUCGUGUCAUUCGUUCUUCUACGACAAGUGUACGUCAAGUCUUUGCGUCAGGUCAAGAGACUCGAAUCGGUGACCCGGUCGCCCGUGAACAACCAUCUUGCCGAGACCGUGACGGGCCUGUCGAGCGUGCGGAGUUAUGGCGUGCAGCGGAUCUUCGUCGAGGACAAUGACCACAAGGUCGACGUGACGCAAAACUGCACCGUCAACAGUCUGCACUGCAACUACUGGAUGCAGAUACGCCUCGAAAUCAUCGGCGACAUUUUGCUCAUCACGAUGCUUCUGCUUCUUGUCACCAACAGGGACAACAUCGACGCUGGAAUGGCUGGUCUUAUGGUCUCCUACUCGCUGAACACCAUAGCGCCGUUUAACUACCUCAUUUAUUUUUCGACCGAACUGGAAGCGAAUCUUGUCUCUGCCGAGCGCCUGGACGAGUACAGGAGGCUCACCCCGGAAGCCCCUUGGAGUCUCGGCUGGAGUCCUGAUCCGGCGUGGCCCCGAGAUGGAGCCGUGUGCUUCAGGUCUUAUUCGACUCGUUACCGAGAUGGCUUGGAUCUAGCGCUGAAUAAUAUUAACCUCGACAUAAAAGCAGGCGAAAAGAUCGGAGUCGUCGGCCGAACAGGUGCCGGGAAAUCGACCAUGACUCUCAGUCUCUUCCGUAUUGUGGAGAGAUGCGAAGGACAGAUUGUAGUGGACGGCAUCGACAUUUCGACGCUAGGUUUGCACGAUCUGCGCUCCCGGAUUACGAUCAUUCCGCAGGACCCGGUGCUGUUCCACGGGACACUGCGUUACAACCUCGACCCUACCGGGAAACACGGUAGCGAAGAGCUGUGGACCGCUCUGGAAAGGGCGCACCUCAGGGACGCCUUCGAGGAAGCGGGUCUCGACUUCGAGGUCACCGAAGGUGGACUGAAUCUGAGCGUGGGACAGAGGCAGCUGGUGUGUCUAGCCCGCGCCGUUCUCAGAAAGACGAAGAUUCUGGUUCUGGAUGAAGCCACGGCUUCGGUGGACAUGGAGACCGACGUGCUUGUGCAGCAGACCCUGCGGGAGCACAUGGUCGACUGCACCGUCAUCACGAUCGCGCACAGGCUUCACACCGUGCUUCACUCUGACCGGGUCGUGGUCAUGGAACAGGGCUGCAUCGUCGAAGUGGGCGAGCCGGCAACGUUGCUCGCCGACGGCCACACGUCGUUCUACUCGAUGGCUCGUGAGGCGGGUCUCGUGUCGGAUGGAAGAUCUGCCAGCGAACCCGAAACCUGAACGUGCGUUUGCUGCUACUGCGGAGGUGACUCACGUUAAGUGGUGCUUUGCUUCCACAACAUGGAUACUUACUACACUCGUCACAUAGCUGUCAUCAGUGGGCUUGAACGAGGACUAAUCUGUGUGUUAUUUAUGACUUGUCUCCCAGCUGACGUGAGGACUGUGGCGACUAUGAAAGACGUUUCUGUACCUGUCUGCCUCAUGGCGCGCAAGUUUAUAUUCGGUGUCGCAGGAAGCUCGAAACACGAGUGCCUUGAUUCAACGACAUUCGAA